AUGAUCUAUCCUCCUCCGCCACCGCCGCCAAUCUCAACCACUGAAUUGAACGUUCCACCACCACCACCACCACCACCACAUCUAAUGACCUUUCCAGAUGAACGUCGUUCGAAUCUAACGCCGGUAGUACCACGGAGUGCGUCACUGGAUAAACUGGAUAACGAGCAGCAAUCUUUGCGGGAUCUUCGUGACAAAUUGGUGGGUGCACGAUUCUCCGUGGCCGCGAAGCGCAAAGAGCUCCGUGAUCUCCAUAUAAAGACGGGUGCGAAGGAUGGCUAUGUUUUCAACCUAUUACGCCAGUAUCUGAAUGAGAUAGGUGCUGAUUUGCCUGGAGACAUCGAGAAUGCUCUCACUGACGCGUCUUUAUUGAGAGACCGGCUGGGUCUUUUAGAAGCUGGAUAUGACGAAGCCGAAGCCAACUACAACACACUAGAGUGGAAAUACUCUCGCAGAGAGACAAGGUUCGUCGAAGAGCUUUUGAACAACAAACUCGUACCAAGCGAUACACUUGACAGAAGUCGAAGUGCAGAGAAUCUGGAAAUCCUGCAAUUGACACAUUCGAUGACACGUCCCACCAGUGACGAUCCGUCGAUCUCGGACCUCACAGCUUCUGGUGAUGAUACAGGCACCAGAUCCAUCGAGGAGCUAUCCGCGUUCCUAGCAGAGCAAGAUAUCAUAAUCCCACAUAGUGCAAGAAUAAAAUCCCCGCAACGUCGCUCACCAUGGAGCAACCUGAGCGAUUUGGCAUUAGUCAAAACCAAGAGUGCGAACAGAUUUCAUCCGACACAUAACCAUUUGCGUUGGGUGGAGAAGAUGAACGACAUUGAUGAGUGGGUAUUUGAUAUCGUGGAGGAUUCACCUCUCCAGAAGUUGUGCCUGCAAGCGGUGCAUGACUUUGGUUUUGCAGACACAACAACAUGGUGGGAACACACCAAAUGGCUUUUGAUCCAAGACUAUUCUACUUAUUUCCAUACUGGCGACUCUACAGUUUUCAACCAUGAUAUAGACCGACAUGUAUCCGAAUCUACGGACGAAGGGUCGAGCUCAGUGUCCUUCAUCCUCGGGUCUUGUGGCACAGACCAAAUGCUUCUUGGCAUACAGUCUUCGGUUGUAACUGAUACAGCCGCUCUACUAAGUAUCAGAGAGUCAAGUGACUACCAAGAGACGAACGAUCAAGCGCGAAUGCCCCGUAAGCUUUCCGCUACUACAGGCAAAGAAGCUACGAGCUUAGCAGUCACGUCGCAGUCGCCAAGGCGCCGUAUGUUACGCAGAAGCAUCGCCACAGACAGUGAUGCUAGUUCGCAACGUCACUAUCACUAUCCCAAAUAUACCCGCUCGUUAUCGUUCAGCGACGCGCCAAGACACAUCGAGCGCGCCGGGAUGGAUCAGAUUAACCAGAACACAAUACCAGGGAUUUCGCGCCAGAAGAGCGGACUCCAGAGACCACGGAAUCGAACUCGCCUACAAAAGCGACAUACUAUUCCUGAAUUCAAGAAAGCAGAGCCCACAAAAGUUAUGGCUCUACCAAUGAACCCUAAAAACACUUUCUUCUCGCCAGACAACUUUUCGCGGCUUUUUCUUGACCCCCACAAUCGAAACCACCGUCGAAGACUGUCUAGUCACACUCAGACUAUGUUUCGACAAUGCUUGGAACUGGAAAAUCCUUCGUCGUCUGCCACUCCAGUUCUGAAGCCAUCACAAACCAAGGACCCAACAUCAAGGACGGGCUUCUGUCUUGUAAUGUAG